AUGAAAAACUACCAAGAGAAAAUCGAGCAACUGCAAAGCCAUUUUAAAACCCACAACAAGUACAAAGAAUACGUCGGUCAUUCAUCGAAAGUGCAUUCUGUCGGUUGGAGCUGCGAUGGAAAAAGACUGGCCUCGGGUUCAUUCGACAAGUCGGUUUGCGUCUACACCUUAGAAAGGGACAGAUUAAACAAAGAGCACACGUUCAAGGGCCACGGAGGCUCCGUGGACCAGCUCUGCUGGCACCAAACCCACCCGGACCUCCUCAGCACGGCCAGCGGCGACAAGUCGGUGCGAAUUUGGGACACGAGAGUACAGAAAUGCGUGACGACGAUAAACACGAAAGGGGAGAACAUCAAUAUCACCUGGUCGCCCAACGGGAACUCCAUCGCAGUGGGCAACAAAGAAGACUUGGUUACUUUUAUAGACGCUCGAUCGUACAAGAUCGAAGCGGAGGAGCAGUUUCAUUUCGAAGUCAACGAGAUCUCUUGGAACAACACCAGCGAUCUGUUCUUUCUAACCAACGGGCAGGGUUGCGUCCACAUUUUAAGUUAUCCUGAUUUGAAGCGACAGCACAUAUUGAAGGCUCAUCCGGGAACUUGCAUCUGCAUCGAAUUCGACCCGACGGGUAAAUAUUUCGCUACGGGGAGUGCAGAUGCUUUGGUCUCACUGUGGGAUAUCAACGAGCUAGCCUGUAAAAGAGUUUUCACGAGGAUGGAUUGGCCCGUGAGGACGAUUUCGUUUAGUUACGAUGGACAAUUGCUCGCUUCUGCCUCCGAGGAUUUGAUCAUAGACAUCGGUUUUGUGGAAACUGGGGAUAAAAUAGCGGAUAUAUCGGUGGAAGCUGCUACAUUCACUGUAUCCUGGCAUCCCUCGUUAUAUCUUUUGGCGUACGCGUGCGACGAUAAGGACAGUUACGAUAGGAAAAGGGACGCCGGUAGUUUGAAAGUUUGGGGAUUCCCGAGCGAUUAA